AUGCAGGCCCUCGCUCAUGGAGGAGCCGCCUCGGCUUCGUCGUCCAUGUCGGUCGGGAGUGGAAGUGGGAACGGCAAUAUGAACAGGAUGCUCGAUCACCACCGUCACGGCCAUCACCACGCGCAGGACGACGACGAUAAUUCGCCGCACCGGAGGGCGCUCAAGAAGCCGCGUCAAGCCAACGACGCGGCAGGCCUCAGCCGUUCCAGCGGUCAGGGCGCCCCCGCCACGGGAAUGCCUACGCCCGGCGAGGCAUCCACCUCGAAAGCCGAAUCAGGCGUCGUCGACGCGAUAGGAGCAGCCGAGGUCAAGCCUCAUGUAUGCGACUGGCCUGGCUGUGGCAAAGGUGAGCUUGUGUGGGCCGUCGAGACGCGCUUCCCCGGUCCGGCGAGCAAGCCAGCAGCCGGUCCAUCUCGCCAAAGCGCUAGCUCGCUUCGCUACAAGUCUCGCUCGACAGAGCAUAUCUUGUGAUCGGCAAGGUUGCUGGAGGAUUGGAGCCAGUGUCGGUACAGCUGCUGAAUUGCCUCUCUCAUCUCCGCCCACUCCUUCCUCAAUCCACGGCUGGCUCGCCCCGUCUCGACCGAUCGAUCUCUCAGCCUUCUCCCGCCCCGAUCACCUCAACCGUCACAAGCUCAAUCACAGACCGGCUACCAUCUACAAAUGCUCUAAACCAGGUUGCCCCAAGACUUUUGUACGCAACGAUCUGCUGAUACGGCACGAAGGUCGGCACGAGCGCAAGGGUCAGACCGGCGCUUCAGGAGCCCUCUCGCGCAAUUCGGUCACAUCGGCCCGAAAACUACAGAACGCCGGGUCCAUUCCUUCCGAGAUACCUUUUCGGCGCAACAGGGUACCUAGCUGUGGUUCGGCAUCGUCGGCUUCCGUCGAUGGCGUCUCUCCGGGCGCAGCUUCGUCCGGCUCGACUCCCCAUCCGCAAGCAUCGGCAUCGGCAUCGGCGUCGACGAGAUCCCCCGAGCACGCGGGAUCGUACCCGCAUCUCGCCGGGUUGACCCCUGUCGGUGAAUCCGCCAUGCCGACCCACCACGAGCAUCGGAACAGUGCCAUGUUCAGCCUACAGCAACAUCUGUACGGUCCGCAGUCUCAUGCCAUGGGCUCGGCAGCGGCAGGUCCAAGCAAUCCGUCGGCCUACAAUCCCUUCACGGCCCCAAACCCGAAUCCGAUGCCGCCUCCAUCCAUCACCUCCUUUCCUGGCAAUGCCUUCCCUCCACCUUCGGCACAUCCAGCCGCGAAUCAACUCAACCAUUACCAAAAUGACGGGGCACCCAAUCCGGCCGGCGGUGUGUACGGUUCCGGUUCGGUACCGAAUGAUGCCCCGACACCCUUCUUCGACACCUUCAACAGCGAUGCGCCAGGCCCACAAUCCUCGAUCCCUGGAUUCGAAGAGCCCCUCAACUUUAUCCAGCAGUCGUAUGGGGUACCCUUCGUCUCGGCUAGCGAAUACAGCUGGCUUUUCGAUCCGACCGGUGGCUUCGACAUCCAGUUUGCCCGAUCGCGACCCGUCAGCCCUGGGCACGAGUUGCUCGCCUUUAAUGGCCCGGGAUCGAUCCCAGGUGGUCAGACUUCGAAUUCAAACGGGACCGGACGGACACCGGGGUCGGGCAUGAGUCCCGAGGAUUUGCAGGAGGUGACGAGAGGCCUGGAUCUGCAUGCGCAGGUGCAGAAUGGAGGCUAUGGACGUAUUGCGACUGAAUGGGAGUCGAUCAAUGGGGUCAACUCGCCUGGUCAACGUCAGAAUGCAACCGACUCGACUCCACAGAGCGCAGUGGAGGAGGUGAAACCGACGCCGCCACCUGUUAUUGCUCCUUCGCCACGGACCGACCCAUCGCCGAUGCCCAUUGUGAGUAUUGCGACUCGAGCAGCGGUGCAGUGGAGACCGGGACUAAUCACUUUCGUUGAGCAGACAUCCGAUUCCGAGUCGAUCACCUUUCCGGCUCCAAGCAACCCCGCAGCAAGAGGCAACGUCGAUCGCUCGACGUACAUCGAUGAGCGGACACGACUCAAAGUCAUCGACUAUCUGGAGGUGCGUUCAGAUAUGCAGAGUCCUCUCGUGUGAUGAGUCUUCCUCACUCGUCUUCUCUUCUGGCGUGAAUCUUCAGAUCGAGGGUAAACCACUGCGCAACGAUCCGAGAAUGUCUCGUGCUGCGAUGGUGCAGUACUUGGAAGACUUCUGGCUGCGUAUCCACGAAACGCAAGUGCCUGGUAUUCACCGAGCGUCCUUCAAGACGAACAGGACCAAGACACCGCUUCUGCUCUCGAUGGUGGGUCGAUCGCUCUCGGGCCUGUCCUCCACACGUUGAAAACUGACAUUCUCCGAUUUGUCGUGUUCAGCUCUUACUUGGGUGCUACUUCGGCCCUCUCGAGUCGCAACAGCUCGCAGUAAAGCUGCACAGCUUCUUCCGCGGCAAAGUCAUCUGCUCCGCCGAAUUCAAGCCCCGCACCGAGCUAUGGCUGCACCAAACGAUCCUCCUCAUCUCGGUAUUCGGAAAGCUGUGCUCGACGCGCCUCCAUCACGAAAUGGCGCAUAUCUUUUGGAGCUCGUGCGUCACCUUGGGCCGACGAAGCGCUAUCUUUUCGCAACGUGCACCGGCGGUGAUGCCGAAAGGGAAGGAGAAUGAUGUCGAGGCGAGAUGGGCGGCCUGGAUCGAGGAGGAGUCGCUCAAGAGGACGGCGCUUAUCAUUUUCGCGUUGGAUGUCGAACGUACGUCUUGUCGCACCUGUGAGCAGAGGGUAGACGCCGUCUUAUUGACUUUCCUCGACCUUCGCAGACGCCUCACUGUUCCGGCAUUCGCCUGCGCUGUCAGCUUUCCAAAUCCAAGUGCAACUCCCUUGCGACGAGGACGAAUGGGAAGCGACGACUGCACAAGAAUGGGCCAUCCUGCACGCGCAGGCUCGAGCGCCCGUUCCAUUCAUCUCGGCAUUGAAAGCUUCGUUGAUGGCUGGGCAUUCACCGCCGGUCCUGAACUCGUUCUCCAGGAUCGCUAUCCUGCAUGGAUUGUUGAGCGUCGCGCAAGAUCUUCAGUGGCGUGAUCAUGUGAUUGGGCUGUCGCAGUCGGAGCGAGCUCACAACUGGCGCGACAUGAGUGAGUACCUCCACGUCCCACCCUCCUGAAGCCAGUGGAAAGGAUAGAGCUGACUAGAAAAGUGUCUUUCUGCAGUCUCCUCGUCGUACAACUCGUGGAAGAGUCGCCUCGACACCUGUCUCGCUGGAGUGACGGCACCGACUACGCAGCUCCUCCGCGCCUCGAUCUCGCUCUACGCCGUGGCGCACAUCACCCUCUCGAUCGACAUCCACGAGCUGCAAAUUUACGCCGGUGCGGAAAGUGCGCUCGGUCUACUCGUCUCGACCGCCGUGUUCCAUGCGACCGAAGCGCGAAUUCGGAUGUGGUCCUCGACGAAGGACGCCCGAGCCGCGUCGUGGCAUGCGGCGUUCUUCCUGCGCGAUUCGAUGCAGCACUACGAGCACGCCAAGGAGGAUCUGGCGGGGUGUUUACAUCACCGUUGGUGCGUCUACAUCGCGACGUUGACGCUGUACUGUUACGGACGAGCAACGAGUGGUCGCCCCGGUCCCCGUACAGCCGACUACAAAGGCUCGGCGCUGCGCUUCCUCGAUUCGUUGUGCUGCGACUCGCCCGAGAGCUUGUUGUUGGUUCGGGGCAAGAACAACGUCCUUGAUCUGUGUCAGAUGAUCCAGGAGUACAUUGAGACGUCGAGGUGGGAGAUUGCGCAGGAAGGCGCGAGGAUCUUGAGGAGGUUGUUGACAAAUUCGUGCCCUGGUCCGCCGAAUAAAGGAAGGGAAGCUUCGCUGGUUUGA